AUGCAUCUUAUAGCUUUCACGUUCAGCUGCCUUAUGCUGGUGGUCAGCGUCAAGGCCCAAUAUGAAAAGCUUUUCACAAGCGGACCAGCUUUUGCCAACUACCCGUACCCCACGAUUCCUCUCAAUUGUUCCGAGAUUGGCCCAUCAGGCUCGACUCUAGGUGUCGACCACAUGGAAGGGGGAGCAGGAUUCUUUCCGGCCCUGGAAUGGCCUUCUCCCUCCAACAAUAUCCGAGAAUAUGUUCUUGUGAGCGAGGACCCUGAUGCUCCUUUUCCCCAUUCGGUCAUCCACGGGCUGUAUUACGGGAUCCCACGCGUUUUCACCGGACUUGAGCACGCCGACUUCCAAGUGAGCGGAAAGCACAAUGACUCAUAUCUGCUCGAAGGCGGAUUCAAGUACGGACAGAAUAGACGCGAUACCGUGUAUCUUCCGCCCCGGUCAAUGCCGGGACAGGGUCCCCAUCGUUAUUUCUUCGAGCUCAUUGCACUGAGUGACCCGAUUGAUCGAAGCAGGCUCAGCGACAGAGCGACCCUGGAGGAGAUUGCCGUUGCCAUUCAUGGCAGGGUUGUCGGAUGGGGUGCCUGGGUGGGCGUAGUCAAGAAUAAAUGA